AUGGCUCGGCAACCACCAAAGCGGCGUCGUGUGGCGCCGACGCAAGAACUCGACGUCGAAGGCGACGAGGACUGGCAGAGUGACGAGAUCUCCUCGCUUCCCGCCAGCGACGAUGACGACCUUUCUUCUGCAUCCGGGUCUGGUUCCGACUCGGAUUCGGGCUCAGCGUCCGGAUCGGACGACGAGCGCAACGAGGACGACGACGACGAAGACGACGUGAUCGACAUGCUCAAAGACCCCACUCCUCGCACCGCCAAGGGCAAAGCCAAAGCCACCUCCAUCGACACCGUCAAGGCCGACGUGGAAGUGGUCAUCCCGAUCGUCAACGGUGACGCGUCCGACGAGCCGCUAAAGCGCAAACGCGGGCGGCCACGCAAGGAGCCAAAGGAACCCGAGAUCAAGGUACCCAAGAAGCGUGGACGUCCACGUAAGUACGCGCCCGGCGAGAAGCGCCCUCGUCGGUCGCGCCGGAAGCUCAACCCGGACGGCAGCUUCAAGAAGCGUGGCCGACCGAAGAAGGUGGUGGACCCAGAUGCGGUGAUGAUGAAAGUGCCCAAGCGACGCGGUCGCCCACCCAAGCAGCUGGCGGAGGGCGAGGAGGCCAAGCCGCGGCGCAAGGGCGCUGCCAGUGGCACGAGCACGCGGAAGGUCAAGCGCGAAUUCGACCUGCUCGCCGGCCUCGACCUCGAUCUGGAGGACGACAGCGCCGGCAUCAUCCCUGGCGAGGGCCACAAUGAGGACGACGCAUGGGAAGAUGAGACGGAAUCGCCGCGAACGCAAGACGAUCUCCUGGCCAAGUUGAGAAGACGCAUCUUAUACCGCCAGAAAGACGCGGAGCUGCAGGACUUUAUCGACAGUCUUGGGCCCGACGGCGAGCCGAUUCCUGCUUCGACGCGCACGAAAGAAGCCGCUCCUACCACAGCAGAGGAGGCGCAAGACAGCGUGCUGCUCAAUGAGGGCGAGCGGCCAGGGUUGCCUCUGCAAAAGACGGUUGUGGCGCCCAGUGUGCCGUCUUCCGAGAAGCGCAAGGAGCGGCAGCCGUUUGAGCCUGGUGCACCAAACGAUACGCCGACGGAUGGCGCCAUGUCGGCGCUCGCGGAUGCUGCUGCCUCCGCGGCCGCCGAAACGGAAGAGCAACAGUCGCGCCAGCCGAAGCCGAAAGGCCGUCCACCGGGAUCGAAGAAUCGGCGGCCGGACUUUGAGAACAAUCCACUCAUCAAUGCCGCACGAUCCUCCACCACGCGAACCUCCACGGCGGCGCUCGAUCACGGAAGCUCGCUUUCACUGUACCCCUCGGCCAGCACAUCGGGUGCGGUGGCGGGAGGAACGACGUCGAGUCUGGUGAAGCCUACGUCGUCGGAUGCGUAUUUCCUAUUCAAUACGUCGAAGCGCGCACGCGGACUGGCAGGCAUGGGUAUCGGCACAUCUGGCACGCUCAUCUCGUCCAAGCUGCGAGCGCUGGAUGCGCGGCGUCUGGAGAGCGUAGUCGAGGCGCAGACGCGCGAGGGCAGCUUGGCCGACGUUGCCUCGCGCAUGUACCGCCAUCUCCUGCCCGUGUACUUUGCACAGCUACUCGCCGGGUACGCGAUCAUCUUUCACGGCGUCGGCAGCAAGACAAAGCUGCUGACGGAGCUGGUGAAGCGACGCAUCGAGGCCGAGGGCGAUGCGAUGGGCGUCGUAGCCCAGGGCGCCAUCAAGGGGUUCAAGGUGGAAGACCUGCUUGCCGAGAUCGAAUCCGCCCUUUCGCUCGGUCCGCUCACGCUGGCAAGCCAGGCCGCCGAGGGAGAUGAAGGCGUCGUGGUGGUAUCGACACUCACCGCAGCAAGGGCCGAGAGAAUCGUACGGCGGUUCCAUGGGGCCGCGACGGGUGGCCCAAGCAGGCUGUUCCUGAUCCUCGAGACGUUUGAUGCGCCAGGCAUGCAGUCGAUCCGCUUCAAGAGCGUGCUCGAGAUCCUGGCGCGAUCGUCGUACAUCCACAUCAUGGCCACCACGGAGCACAUCAACUCUGGCUUUGUCGCCUCGAGUGCACAGCAGGCGGCCGCGGGGGAUCGCACCGACGAAGAUCGCAGUUCCAGGCUGCGGUGGAUCUGGCAGAACAUGUCGACGUUCGUGCCGAGUCUGGACGAGAUGCUCAUGAUGCGUUCCAACCCGGCAUUCGCGACGUGGAUGCCUGUGCUGCCUCCUGCGCUCGACUUGAUCGGAUCCUCGGCGGCGUUUGCGGCUGCUACAUCAGCGACAGGUACGGGCGCACAGGAGGGAACGGGCACUGCGUACUUCAACGGCCUCCAAGUCAGCGAGGCGUUCCGAACCGUCUCGGAGACUUCGGCCAUCUCGAUCCUCAAGUCGGUCACUACCAAGGCUCGCGCGCUGUUCAACUUGCUCGCCAAGCAGUGCCUCUCGAGUGCCGCCGAGGGAGGCGAGGUGCAGGGCGUGGGUGGGGUGGCGUAUGCCGAGCUGCUCAACAAGGCCAAGCGCUCGUUCCUGGCCUCCAACGAGGCCGAUUUCAAAUCGCUGCUCAUCGAGUUCAAGGAUCACCAUCUGUGCCACAUCAACAAGCAGGGCACCAUCUCGAUCGGCCUUGCGGACGCGGGCGUGCUCCAGCAGGUGCUGGACAAACUCAAGUCGAUCUAG